CAAAUUCAGUAGGGGAUUGUCCACACGGGAUCCCUCUUCCUUCCUGAUCUCGGACUCCAAAGCCGUCCUCGUCCAAGAUUUUAUACGCACACGCCAUCUCUAUAACUUCGAACUUAGUGCUAAGUUUCAUAAUGAAUGCGAGAUAUGCAUCUUAAUCUAUGAACUUAAAGUUAUAAAGAUGGUGUUGUGCAUACAAAAACUUGGACGGGGACAGCCCCGGAGUCGGGAAGGAAAAGGUAUCCCGACCGUCCCAUGGACACUCCCGACGGCGAACGCGACGUGGCGUUAUCGCAACAUGGUCCUACUCUCAAGUCUCACAGUCCCACACGAGAAGAUGUGCACCUCAGUAGAUCAAUGAUGUCACACAACACACAUGUGCAUGCAGAAUGAUGUAGUAGUUAGCAGAGUUAUUCAAGAUUAACUAUCAUUGUAUAACCAACUUUUGAUAUGAUCAACAUGAGAAUGAAUGCUCUCAAUGAAUCAACUACUGGUGAACCAGAACAAGAUGCCAAUUCAGCUUUGAUUGAACUCGAUAAAGGGCUACGUUCUACUAAGAUUGGUGAACAAUGUGAAGCCAUUGUCAGAUACCCUAAACUUUUUGAAAAAUAUCCAUUUCCAAUAUUGAUUAAUUCAUCCCUUCUGAAAUUAGCUGAUGUUUUUCGAGUUGGAACUAAUUUUCUGAGAGUAUGGGUUUUAAGGGUGUUUCAACAGAGUGAAAAACAUUUAGAUAAAAUUUUGAAUGUAGAUGAAUUUGUCAAGAGGAUUUAUAGUGUUAUGCAUUCCAAUGAUCCAAUUGCAAAGGCAUUAACUUUAAGAACACUAGGCAGUGUUGCCAGAAUAAUACCUGAAAGGAAGCAUGUUCAUCAUAGCAUACGUAAAUCACUCGACUGCCAUGACUUGGUUCAAGUUGAAGCUGCUAUUUAUGCUGCACAAAUGUUUGCUGCUCAGUCAAAGCAGUUUGCUAUUUUCAUGUGCAGUAAAAUAUCUGAUAUGAUUAGAGGUCAAGCAACUCCAGCAAAAAUGAAAUUGCAGCUUAUACCCAUAUUACAGUACAUGCACCAUGAUAUUUCUACGGCUUCUAUGGCAAACGAAUUAUGUUUGGAGUUACUUGAAAGCUAUCCAGCUGUUGAAUUUUCUUAUGUGACAUUAAGCGCAUCAACUACUUUAGCUUCAGCAACAUUAAUCAAUGUUUCAGAUCAAGUUACCUUACUUUUGCGAUAUUUACGCGACGAUCCCAGAUCAUCAAUAAAAACUCAUGCUCUAAAGCUCCUGCAUUCCCUUGCUGGGAAAGGUGCUCACUUAUGGCCCCAAGGCGCUCUAAAUCAGUUGAUUGAUAGCACAGCAACUCUUCUACAAGAUGGCGCAGAAAAUAUAAAUUUACUUAUAAGAUCGCUAAACGUUAUUGAGGUUUUGAGUGAGAGCCCUGUGACCUGUGAAGCUAACAUAGAGAAAGGGAGCCCUUUGAUUACUCUGUGCUCAAAAGCUUGCUAUUCUCCGAAUCCUAUUGUUGCAGUGAAGGCAGUUACAAUUCUAGCUAGAAUAGCUUGUUAUUGCUAUGAAGAGGGUCUAACUGUUUACGGGGUUCAGGAUGUGGUAUCUUGCCUAGAGUCUUUAAUAAUGUUAUUGGCCCUGGAAGAUAAGUACUUGUACCAACUGAAGGUGUGUCUUCAAUUAACAGUAAAGCUGAGUCAAGCGCAGAGGAGUCACUGCAGCGACUUUGUUGACGCAAUCGGCUCCAGCCUUAUGAAUACGAACCCCUCUAGCAAGCAGAGCAACAGCCAGGAGAUCGCGCUGUGCGAAGCUCUGGGAGCAAUCGGUAGCUUGGGCGAUGACAUAUUGCUCCCUCUCCUUCCUGAUGUUCUCGCGAAGCUUAAGCGAACGUCUCACAAUCAGACCAAGGUAAUGUUGUGUAACUUGCUCUUCCAAAUGGUGGCCGGCGGUUAUGAGUGGAGUAGCGAAUGCUUGGCAGCUGUUAGCGCCGUCAGCAAGUCUGUGGACAACUGGAACAAAUAUCGGAUAGCACGCGGCGCAGCGAGGUACGGUCACCACAAAAUCGCGACGCGCCUGUUCAAGGGCUUGAAGGAGAGCGUCGCCUCGGAGCAGUUGCACUUCUGGCUGCUCGGACUAGAAUUGCUGACGAGCGCGGAGAGCUAUUUAUUAGACGAAAUUGAAAAGGACGGCAACACAGUGAGCAAACUCAACGGGGCCAUCUGCCAGUAUGCAGCUGCCUGCACGUCCUUCAAAGCAGCGACGUCCAACAACAAUCUGCAGUUUGUGUGUGAUUAUGCCAAGCUUCGCUGCGAGUUCCUGCAAGCUCUGGUGCAGCUGCUGCAUUCGUGCCGCUCGUUAUGCACGGCGCCGCCCUACGCGAUCGCCGCCCACGAAGCUCACACGGCCAAGGACGAGUUGCAGCGCUAUGGCCGGGUGACGAGUCAGCUGCGUAAAUCGGUCGAUGAAUUGAAGACUUGUGCCAAUAACUACCACAUGCUUUAUCAGUCUGCCUUUGACGCCGAUCCCGGAACUUUGACCAACAUCAGAGCUCUGCAAGAGCUUUGCUUACUGAUGGCCCAUAGUGUACAACGCGUGUGCGGUGGACCGAUGGUAUCCACCUCGUUCCCACUAGCUGCGGACGGCAAUGCCCACUUCGGCGACACGAUCGAGAUGCAGCAGCUGGCCAAGUGCUGCUCGCGUAUACAAGAGUUGGCACCGGCUGGCGACGCAGGCAAUGAGACCUCCAGUCGUAAAACCAGCGGGGUGAGCCAUCUGCGCGUUGGCAGCCUCAUCUCGCAAGUGCGAUUACUGGCCAGUGGUAAGCUGCGAUUGCCUGUGCCGAGGUUUUUCUUCCAGGCGCUGCAGUCGACAAGCAUCAAGCUAUCGCUCUCGCCGCAGCCCAGGGUCCUCGGCGAGCCGGUGUCAGUGCCGCAGGGUAGCCAGCUAGCCUUGAAGGUCGAAGGCGUGCUGCGGCACGGCAAAAGGCCGUCGUUGUUCCGAUCGGUAGCAGCCGUCAGUAUCAGCAUUUCGACCGCACCACCCUCGAAACUUUGCGCCGAUAAGAAGGAUACAGGAGUGUGUGAACUCGAGCAAAGCAUGGUACCUAGCCGUGAUUUUUUCACUUGCGAGUUUUUGCUAUCGCUGGGUCAGCAAAACAGCACGGUGAGCCUGUGUAGCGCAAACGCUAGCGGCGGUCAACAGCCAACGAGCAGCGGCGGUCAGUAUCAAGUGACCGCAAGCGCUAACAUCGUCGACGAGGUUGGCAACAUUUGGAAGUGCGGUCCGCGAUCGUUGUUACAAGUGCGAGUACAUGAGGAGCCCUCACGGAAAAAGCUUUCGUAGCGUUAAUAAUCUUUAUCGUUGUUGUUUCGUUUAUCAUUAUCAUUAACAUUGUCAUUAUUACUAUCAUCAUCUUUAUUAUUAUUAUUAUUAUUUUUGUAAAUUACGCUAUAUUUGUACGGAAAAAAUAAACAUAAAUUAGUUACUAUUG